AUGGAAUCGGUAGUGAAGGACAUUUGCGCAGGUGAAGAUGCAGUUCCCACAUUUCCGGAGGAUUUGAAUUGUCCUGAUAAUGAUGAAUUGGCUGUUAUUGAGACACCUGAUCCUCAUAGUUGUGGGUCAAACACUGUUGUUCAACCCCCUACAGUUGGUAUGGAAGGUUUUGGUGUAAUUAGGGCGGCUGGGUCUUUGAAGAAAGGAGGUGUGAAAGGUAAAGGGGUUAGCGGUGCAGAAGUUAGGAAGGAGUUUAGGAAUUACACUUGGAAAUGUGAGUGUAAUGGUAAACCUGACUUGAAACGAACAUUGAAGGGGCGGGUUGCGGUUGGACGUAAAGGUGUAGAAGUGCCAAUUAGGAAGUCUAAGAAAUGCAAUUGCCCUGUUAUGAUGUAUGCUGCAUGUAAUGAAGGGGGGGAAUGGGUAGUGAAGAGGAUCGUUUUGGAUCAUGUGAACCAUAAUCCAACACCAAGCAAAUCGAGGUUCAUUAGCAUGUUUAGGAAGGAGGAGGUGAGUUGCGCCGUGAGAAGGCGAUUGUUUAAUGAUCAUGUUGUUGGCGUUAGAAUAUCACAGAUUCAUAAUAGCUUAGCGCGUGACCGAAAUGGUAUUGAGAAUAUGGUUAUCACAGAGAGAGAUCUUAGGAAUAUGGUUGCCAAGGAACGGAAGUUGAAACUUGGGCCCGGAGAUGCAAAUGCGAUGCUAAUGUACUUUAACAAGAUGGCAGCUGACAAUCAAAAUUUUUUCCACAUUCAUCGACUUGACGAUAAAGGGUAUUUGAAGGAUGUGCUUUGGGUUGACGCUAGGUCGAGGGUGGCAUACGAAGAAUUUUGUGACAUUAGCAUAUUGCUUGGUUGUGCGCUAGUAUCGCACGAAGAUGCAGAGACUUAUGAGUGGGUCUUUAGCACAUGGUUGCUUUGCAUGGGGGGUAAGGCACCCAUUGAAAUAUGGACAGACCAAGAUGCUGCUAUAAGGAAGGCCCUUCGCAAUGCUAUGCCAGAGUCUGUACACCGAUGGUGCAUUUGGCACAUCAUGAUGAAAUUUGGGAAGAAGCUUGGUUCAUCAUAUGCUAAUUACAAAGAUUUGAAGGAAGCAUUGACGAAAGCCAUAUACGAGAGUGUAAGGCCUGAAGUUUUGAGAGGAGUUGGCUUUGUGCGAUAG